UCAGUGCUGAUUUUAAUGACCUGCUGCACAACAUGCAAAGCAGCUGGUCUGACUGUGAGUCCCAGCAGAUCUCAGUUCUUUGUGAGACAGUCUGUGUCUCUGAGCUGUGAGGAGAACAGCAGCUCUGGUAAUUCUACUAUAUGGAGGAACACAACUGAAGGAAACAACACGUGUGGAGAUGAAUGGGGGGAACCAGCUGGUUCUACCUGUAAGAUCACCUACCUCUUCCUUGAAGACAGUGGAGUUUACUGGUGUUGGUCCAGAGAGGGAGCAGCCAGCAGCAGCAUCCAGCUCACUGUCACUGGUGGAUCAGUGAUCCUGCAGAGUCCUGUCCUCCCUGUGAUGGAGGGAGAUGACGUCACUCUGAGCUGUCUAACAAAGACCACUCCCUCCAACCUCCCAGCUGCUUUCUAUAAAGAUGGCUCCCUCAUCAGGACUGAGCCCAAAGGUCACAUGACCCUCCACCAUGUGACCAGCUCUGAUGAAGGCCUCUACAGGUGUAACAUCAGGGGUCAUGGAGAGUCUCCAUCCAGCAGGAUCUCUGUUGAAGGUCAGGAGCUUCUCUCUCUGCUUCAACCUUCAUAA